AGGAAGCUGUUUAGUUGUAGGUAGACGGGAGAAGGUAUCUACCGCAGGGAAGAGCUCAUGUACAGUCGUGACAGAACCGAACUAAGGCACCGCACCGAUUUCGAUUCCAACAGUCAAAGCCGUUGAUUACUUACACAGACGGGGAUGACGUUAACAACAGGUACGGGGUAGAGCACAUCAAAAAGGACCGAAGCAAAAAAAGACAAAAAAAAGAAGAAACUUUUCACCCUUCUUCCACUUACUAAGAUAAAAAAAAUUGGAGAGAAAAUCCGGUUGAGGAAAGAAUUUGUGGAUACAUUAAGCUUCUUGGAUACCCGUCAGUUAAGAGUCACCAAUCGCUUCCUGAGAGCGGAAAGUUAAACGGGCAGCAAAGAAAGUCAUACCUUAGGAACGAUUUAGGAAUCGGAUAUCCUCUUCAACGCAUUUUGAAUCAGCCACCAUUAGGUGUGAUCAGAAGUCGGGACAGUCACAGUAUGAAGUUUACACCAUGUGUUCUCGUGUUUCUCGCGUGGCUUUGCGUGGACUGUCUUUCAGCGUCGUUAGAUCGCGACAGGAGGCGGUUCAAAUCUUCAGUAGCUGACAGAAUAGGGCACGGGUUCGGCAAAAGACAGGAUGUAAAUCUGCGCAGGUUUUAUCCCUCAGAUAAUUCAAGAAAUGUCUUGACAACACAUCGGCUGGCAAAUCUUCUGUCGGAAAACAACUUAUUGGCUUACGCCAUUGUAGAAAAAUUCAUCGAUUCAAAUGGGGAUGGUGUGAUAAGCACGGAUGAGCUACUCUACGACCAGGAAGAUGACUCGUAGGGGUCAGAGUUCAGGAGUUACGUCAUUGGGUUAUCAGUGACGUCAUCUGAACAGGUUGCUUCUUAUGACGAAAACUUGAAUCUU